GGCGGCCGCCUCGCGCUCCUCCGCUAAAGCCUCGAGCCGCGCGAUAUCUUCCUCGCGCGCGCGCUGGGCCGCGGCGCGCUCCUCCUCACGCUCGCGCGCCGCCGCGGCGCGCUCCUCGUCGCGCGCCCGCGCGUCGUCGUCACGCUCCCUUUGUAAAGCCUCGCGCUCCGCGGCGAGCGCCUCGCGCUCGCGGACCAUGGCCUCGCCCUCCCUUCUCAAAGCCUCGUCCCUUUCAGCAUCCCUUGCUUGUUGUGCAGCAUCCCGCUCGUCGUCGCGUUUCAACAAUUCGGCGUCGCGCUCGGCGUCGCGCGCCCGCGCGGCCUCCUCGAGCUCCCUCUUGGUAGUUUCCUUGAAGGCCGCGAGCUCCGCCAGCGCCCGCGCCGUGGCGUCCUCGCGCGCGGCGAUGCGCCUCCUCCGCAAAAAGCCGCGGACGCGCUUCUGGACCAAUGUGACGCGUUGCUCGUCCGUCAUAUGUACCGAAACGUGCGAGAACGCCGUCACCGCUUGCGCAACCAGCAGAUCGCGAGCUUUUCUUUUACCGGCGGACAACGACGAAAUUAAUGUUUCGAUGGCAUGAAAUGACUCGCCGAGCGAGCUCUCGACCUUGUCGAGGCGCUGCUCUAUUUUCUGAGUUAAUUCGGGCAGCUUCGCGUUGAUGCGCUCCUCUACGGCCUUCACUUGAAAGUCGACGCCCUUGUAGAUCUGCGCUUUCAACGCCGUGAUCUGCUCCUCUUGGGCCGCGAUGCGCGCUUCCUGCAAAUGCUGCGCCGCGGCGAGCUGAGCGAGGCCGUUCAGCAGCGCCUCCUUCUCCUGCUCGGCCGCCGCCUCCUUCUGCCGCUUCGACUUGUCCAGCAGAUCUCUCAAACCCACGAUGGCGUCGGGGCCGCCCUGGCCGGCCUCCAUGCUGCAGGCUGCUUGUGUGCUGCUUCGUGGGGCUGCCCCUGGUGGGCUCACGUCUUUUUGGAGGUAUCCCGAUGCGAUGGCGUCAUGGUAUUGUCUGUGUGUCCGCGGGCGCCCUUGUGGCGCGCGCUAUGCCAACGAGCUGCCAAAAUCGGCAGCCGCGCUAUGCCAACGUGCG